CGUUGGCAAUACUGAUUGACGCAUGUUCCUGCUUCCCGCCAAAAACGUGCGGCAGGCGUUCUAGCUGUAAGUUGUGCUGAAAACAAAACUCAGACGUUCAGUGUUUGUCGAUUUUUGACAAUUUUUAUUAGAAUAACAACGAGGAACAAUGAAUCUCGAUUUGCAAACUCAUCAAGCUCGCGUUCGUGACGAUAUUGGAAUACAGUGUCAAAAAUUGUUUCAGGAUUUUCUUGAAGAAUUCAAAGAAGAUGGAGAAGUGAAGUAUUUUGAACCUUCCAAAGAAUUGGUCAGCCCAGAGCGCAGUACGCUCGAAGUUUCCUUCGAAGACAUUGAAAAAUAUAAUCAAGUUUUGUCCACAACCAUUAUCGAGGAAUAUUAUAGAGUUUAUCCCUACCUCUGUCAAGCUGUUUGCAAUUACGUGAAGGACACUGGGGAAUUGAAACAGGAUAAAGAAUGUUAUCUUAGCCUGGUUGAUGUACCAACGAGGCACAAGCUACGAGAGUUAACAACAACAAAAAUUGGAACAUUGACCAGAAUAUCAGGCCAAGUAGUCCGAACUCAUCCUGUUCACCCUGAGCUCGUUCUUGGAACUUUCAUGUGUCUGGAUUGUAAUGCGCAGAUUAAAAAUGUCGAGCAACAGUUCAAGUUCACGAAUCCAACAAUUUGCCAUAAUCCUGUAUGCAGCAACAGAAAAAGAUUUGCUCUCGACGUUGACAACUCUGUUUUCGUUGACUUUCAAAAAGUCAAAAUUCAAGAGGCACAGUCCGAGCUCCCUAGAGGUUGUAUACCACGCUCCUUGGAAAUUAUCCUGAGAGCCGAAACCGUUGAAACUGUUCAAGCUGGUGACAGAUAUGACUUCACUGGAACAUUGAUAGUAGUCCCUGAUGUUGGAGCCUUGGCUUUGCCUGGUACAAAAGCUGAAAUAAGUUCUCGCCACAAAGGAGGAUCCCAGGGAGAAGGCGUUCGUGGACUCAAAGCUUUGGGAGUCAGAGAUCUCAACUACCGACUUUCUUUUCUUGCAUGCAGCAUAUCUGCGACUAGUUUGAGGUUUGGUGGUACGGAAAUGGCAAUGGAUGACAUAUCGCAAGAAAUGAUGAAGAGCCAAAUGUCCGAGGCCGAAUGGAACAAAGUUUACGAGAUGAGCCGUGACAAAAAUUUAUACACGAAUCUCGUAUCGAGUUUGUUCCCAGCAAUCCACGGUAGCGACGAGGUUAAAAAAGGAAUUACGUUGAUGCUGUUCGGAGGCGUGGCAAAGAAAACGAUCGAGGGUACGGCGCUUCGAGGUGACAUAAAUUGUUGCAUCGUCGGUGACCCGAGUACAGCAAAGUCGCAAUUUCUCAAGCAAGUCGCUGAUUUUUCUCCUCGAGCGGUUUACACUUCGGGCAAAGCAUCAAGUGCUGCGGGUUUGACCGCAGCGGUUGUACGAGACGAAGAUUCCUCGGAUUUUGUAAUCGAGGCUGGAGCUUUGAUGCUUGCCGACAAUGGAAUUUGUUGCAUCGAUGAGUUUGACAAAAUGGAUGCUGUUGAUCAAGUCGCAAUUCACGAAGCUAUGGAACAACAGACCAUUUCGAUAGCGAAAGCUGGAGUGAGAGCGUCACUGAAUGCGAGAACUUCGAUUCUUGCAGCUGCGAAUCCGAUUGGCGGUCGUUACGACAGAUCGAAAUCGUUGCAAAAAAACGUAAUGCUAACGGCACCUAUUAUGUCGCGUUUCGAUCUUUUCUUCAUUCUGAUUGACGAGUGCAGCGAAGUUGUCGACAACGCGAUAGCGAAAAAGAUUGUUGAUUUACACAGUAACAAUGCCAUGAACAUCGAUACCGUUUAUGAUCAAGCGGACAUAUUGCGAUACAUCAAUUUCGCGAAACAUUUCAAACCCGUUUUGAACGCUGAAGCCGGAGAAUUGCUGGUUGAAAGUUAUACGAGCUUGAGACAACGGGAAGGUACGGGCACUGGUAAAGGAACGUGGCGCGUUACCGUACGACAACUCGAAAGUCUCGUCAGAUUGUCCGAAGCUCUUGCCAAAUUAGAAUGCGUCGAUGAAGUCACUGUCAAACACGUCAAAGAAGCCAGAAGACUGUUGAGCAAAAGUAUCGUCAGGGUUGAACAACCCGAUAUAGACCUUGACGAGGGUGGACCCACCGAGGAGCCUACGGGAAUGGAUUUGGACGACGCACCACCUCUGAUGGAAGCUUUUAACAGAAACGGAGACGAAUCAAGUGAGACCCCUCUUACAAACGGUACAAACGGUCACGAAUCUGGCGAACUCCCGAAAAAGAAGUUGACCAUGUCCUUCGAGGAGUACAAAAAUCUGUCAAACAUGUUUGUUCUGUAUAUGAGAAACGAAGAGAAUAGAAUCGAGGCCGAGGACGAGAAUAAAGAAGGCAUUCGAAAAUCCGAACUCGUCGCAUGGUAUCUCGAUCAAUCACAGGAUCAGAUAGACAGCGAGGAGGAACUUCUUGAGGCUAAAGCUUUGGCAGAAAAAGUGAUCGAUAGGCUCAUUUAUCACGACCAAAUAAUGAUCCCGUUGACGACAACGGAGCUCCGGAGUCGGGGAGACGGUGCCGGAGACGAAGAUGAUCCCAUGCUCGUCGUGCAUCCCAAUUACGUCAUCGACAAUUAGUUGAUAGUUACUAUAUAAUCAACGAUUAGCAGUACAGUUAAUAAUUUUAUACUCGUCUCCUUCAACACGAAAAUAUACAUACAUUUGUUUUUUUUUCUAUUA